AUGUCGGCCCAAUUUACAAGACUUGUUCGAUUCGAAGACAGCAGUGGGAAUGUCCACUAUGGAGAGGCUGGCUCGGACUGGAAGAAGAACCUUGUUGGCCAAAAAGUUCCCACAUACGAUAUCUCUGAUGUGUUUGGGGACGAGUUUCCAUUGACCGGAAGCACCGUCGAGAUUGCAAAAGUACUGUGCCCCGUGGUUUCGAUCCCGAUUAUGAUUGGCAUAGGGUUGAAUUACAAAGUUCAUGCUGAGGAAGCCAAUCUACCGAUACCUGAUUAUCCAGUUGUAUUCACAAAAUUUGCUGACACACUGGCUGGACCCUUUCAGGAUAUCCACGUCGAUGCCAUAGCCAAGGAGCUGGACUACGAAGGAGAGCUGACCGUAAUUAUCGGCAAAGACGUCAAGAACGUAGGCUCCAACGAAAACCCUCUUGACUACGUGCUCGGCUACACUGUCGGCAACGAUAUUUCUGCCCGUUACUGGCAAUGGCCCAAGAUGUCAGGCUCGCAACACGGCUACGCCAAGUCCUUUGAUAAUUUUGGCCCUAUCGGUCCUGUCAUCGCAUCGAACAAAGCCGUUCCCAACCCAGAAACCUUAAGUUUGAAGACCUGGGUGAAUGGCGAACUUAGACAAGACAGCAAGACCGAUGACCUAAUCUUUGGUAUCGCCAGCAUUAUACGACACUUGAGUCAAGGAAUGACCCUGAGGAAGGGAACGGUCAUCAUGACCGGCACUCCGAACGGUGUUGCCGCCUUCCUGCAACCACGAAACUGGCUGAAGAAUGAUGACGUUGUCAAAAUUGAGAUUGAAGGAAUUGGAACUAUUGAGAACAAGAUGUUAGUCAUAUCUGAGUGA